UUCAGAGCGAGCGCUCAGACCGAGAGACAGGAGUCAAAAUGGCGCCGGCUUGUUAAUCAGUCUGCUCCAGGUGUUGUUAAUUAGUGCAGUGAAGGCGCAUGUGGAGGCUCUUCACAACAGACCCACGGGGAAAAUCACCAGCACAAAGUUCAGAGACCAAGUGAUGCAAGAAAAAGCAACAAGAGAAAAGACCACACCAUAGCAGAAAGGUUCAGUGGUGAAAAUAGAAUAAGGAGCCGCGGAUCAGGAACACACAUCCACUGGAGGCAUUUUCUACGUACGCAGUCGGACCAACAGAGGGUGAAGUGUCACCCUUUUCUAUAACGUGGAGGUGAUCUCAGAUGGAUUACGCGAUGAAGUCCCUCAGCCUAUUGACACCGUCUUCCCUCUCCAAGUGUGUAACCUCAGCCAGCGCCUCAGUGACCCAGCAGCUUCUGUCUGGUCGGGCUCCACGACCUAGACCCUUCAGGGUCAUGAACGCUGACCGCAGUGUGAAGAAGGGCAUCAUGGCAGAGACGCUCCAAGACCUGAUGAACAAGGUCAGUGACUCGUUGAGUGUACCGUGUGUCAGCGUCCUGGUGCUGGAUGAAGACGGCACAGGAGUGGACACAGAGGAGUUCUUCCAGACACUGCCUGAAAAUGCUGUUCUCAUGGUCCUAGAGAAGGCCCAGAAAUGGACCCCACAUCCUAACAGCCCCUCCAGAGAUCAGCUCAGCGAAUACAGGCCGCGACAACGGACAGAUGUGGCCAAGCUGACUUUAGACCUCUACAAGAAUAGUCCCAAGGAUUUCAUCGGCUGCCUGAAUGUGAAGGCGACCCUGUACGGUGCUUAUUCUGUGUCCUAUGACCUGCGCUGUUACGCUGCCAAAAAUAUGCUGAAAGAGGCUCUGCGAUGGACCGUCUUCUCCAUGCAGGCCACAGGCCACAUCCUGCUGGGCUCCUCCUGCUACAUUGAGCAGCUGCUGGAGGAGGAGGAGAGAGCAGAGAAGAGCCUGACGCUGCCACAGGAGAGCAGGAUCAGGCAGCUGCAGAGCAUGCUGCUGGGCAAGAUAUCCUAUUGAUGAUGGACUAAAGGCUCACGAUGGAAGAGCAAAAACACACACAGAAGAAACAGGAGGUAUCUGCCUGUUCAUGUCACAGUGUGCUGUGCAGACAUUUCAGACAGUCUCUUCUCAUAGUCACUUAUAGUCUUGCUCUGUUACAUUUCUUUGCUCCAUUUGUAAGCGGACACCAAAAGUUAUUCCUCAGAAAGCACUUUCACUCCUGUGUAACUUUUUCCUAUGAUGAUGAAUAAAUAAAGCUAACAAUUUUUUUAUUUUCCCAUUCUUGAAAUAUGAAUGCCCAGUCCUUUUUGGAAUCAGGGCUGUAUGUCUUUGUACAGUAGUAGUCGAGAUGUGGGUUUAGUUAUAUCAGGGGUGGGAGGAGGCUGGUUCCUGGUCUAGUCAGUGUAAUUGGCAACAGGUCCAGCUGUCUCUCCCACGCUUCCUUAAUUGUCCCCUGGCCUGCGCUGCCCUGUCAGCUGCAGCCUGCCUCUGCCUUACAAAACCAGAGGAAGGGAAUGAAGGAAGAGCAGGCAGCUGCCGGGAGGCGAGGGGACGGAAACAAACCAUUAUACUGAGAGAGAUGAAGGCUUCAGCUUCUGGCAGAAGUGCCACUUUUGCCAUCUUGUCUUGGAAGGUGGCAUAAAAAAAACUGCAGACAGAUUGGAACCAAAUUGGCUGUCUGAUAAAUGGUGAAGGAGAUAAAUGGCUGAGGUACAGACUUGCUGGGUGAAGAGUAGACUUUGGUUCACUCUCCUGAGGUAUCCUCAACUAGUUUCUGCUCUCGCUUCUCCUUCUACAGAAAAUAAUGACGAGAAGAAAUAGAAAUGAUUGUCCGAGGUCAUUUUUUGAUUCACUCCAUGUUUACACGAAAUACAAUACUCACACAAAACUAAUCUGUUUGUUUGCAAAUGUAUUUAGGGAUAUGGGUGUUGUCUAAAUGUAAUAAAUGUUUACCACAUU